GGUUACCGGCACGAUCAGUACAGUGUGAACGAUCGGAUCGGCCGGAGGUAGUUAGUGUAUGUAACCAAAAAAAAAAAAGUUCGAAUUCGAUUCGGCAGAAGUGUAUUUUGCAACAUGAAACAGAUUGUAGUAAUCGGUGCCGGUGUAAGUGGUCUGAGUGUUGCAGUGCAGUUGGCUGAACAUUAUUACAAUGUGGCUAAUGUUACUUUAAUUUCGGAAAGCGUUAGCCCUAACACGACUGGUGACGGGUCGGCCGGUUUAUGGGGUCCAUAUUACUGUGGGAAAACACCCGAUCAUAAGAUAGUUAAAUGGUCUGCCGAAACACACUUGUUCUUCCAUCAGCUGUGGAAGAAUGGGUUGGGUGGAAAGAUCGGUGUUUGUCUGCAACCGUGCAUGAGGCUAACGACAGAUCCUAAUGGAUAUCCGGAACCGGCCUGGAAGGAUAUAGUGUUCGGUUGUCAGAAGAUCAACGAAUCGGAACUGCAGCGACUCAGUAACGAGCAUGGCCGUAUGUACACCGGUGGAUAUCACUUUGCCACGUUCACCUGCGAACCGGCCGGGUUGUUGCCGUACCUGUUUAAUCGGUUUAUCGCUGUUGGUGGAAAGUUUGUCGCAUCGAAAGUGUGCAACUUUGAUGAAAUAAUUCUAAACCGACCGGUGGAUCUGAUCGUCAACUGUAGUGGUUUGGGUGCGUUGGAGUUGGCUAGUGACAAGGCGGUACAUCCCAUCCGAGGUCAGGUAGCGCGGGUUAGUGCACCGUGGAUUUAUGAAGUGAUUCUCGAUGACAGUGAUGAUGGAAAUUAUAUAAUUCCCAACUGUGAGACAGUCAUAUUGGGCGGUACGCAUCAGAUGAAUGACUUCAAUCGUAACGUUGCACGUGACGAUAGUCGAUUUAUUUUCGAUGGAUGUGAGCGUAUGCUGCCAAGCCUUCGUAGCGCGACUGUCACAAACGAGUGGGUUGGUCUGCGACCCGGCCGUGACAGCGUGCGUCUCGAGAUGGAACACUAUCGAUCAGAUGAUAAACGAAACUCUGUUCCAAUCAUCCAUAACUACGGACACGGUGGAUGUGGAGUGACGCUGUGCUGGGGCUGUGCUAAGGAAGUGGUCGAAAUCAGUAAUACUCUCGGUUGGAGUAAACCCACCUCAUCUAAAUUGUAGUGUGUAACUUAACACCAAAGUUGUAUGUAUUUACUGUUGAAAGGAACUACUUGAAAAAUUAGGUGUACAUUAGUUAUCUAUUUACAAAUAAAAUCCAUUUUGAAUGUAGAUUUCAUUAAUCAGAA